AUGUCCUCCCAGAACAAGCACGCCCCUGCUGUGCCGCCCUCAGACCGGAUGCUUCGUGUCCGCACCACCAAACCAGCUAGCCCCAUUCCCAGUGACGCCACGAAGGCCGCUUCCGCACCCAGGAAGCGUCUCUCAAAGGCUGAGCACGACGCUCAGAAGGAUGCGGAUGAGGCUCGCGCAGCCUUGGGCAUUCGGCGCCUUGCCAUAGUCGAGAACGAAGAGCAACAACGCCAGAAGGCAGCGUCGAAGCCGAAGGUAAUGCCAAAGAAGGCUCCGGUAUCUGUGAAGAAGGUGUCGUCAGUUCAAGCAGACGUCAAGGCUUCAAAGCCCACAUCCUCUAAGUCAGCUCCGCCCUCGUCUGCUGCCAAGAAAGGUUCUCCGGCUGCAGUGCCGGAGACAAGGGUGACCAGGAAGGAGAGGGCGGUGACGCGCAAAGAAGUUGGCAACCUUUGUCAAGAUCUCGACGUUGUCGGCACCUCGGACGUCUCGGCCACAUUGAAUGCGUCGGGCCAGCAACUUGCCACAAAAGGCAAGGCCGGUGACGCCACUGACGCUCCCCCACCCACCCGAGUUCAAUUCCUCAAGCAGGUGGUCAAGUGGUCCAAGGGUGUUGCCCAAGAUAGCCAGAGCACCUCAACCUCAACUUCCAUCUCGACCUCCUUCACCGGCCAAAAGUCUUCAAGUUCCGGAGCAACAUCUGUUCGCACGAACAUCAGCAAGCCUGCGCCCGCACCCAAGCCCAAGCCCAAGCCCAAGCUCGCGAAGAAGGCGUUGGUCAACCCCAAUCAGGAGCAAGAAGACGUCUCUUCGGGUGUCGGCGUUCACACCGAAGACGAUGUCAAUGACGUAGCAAGGGAGCGGGAGGCUAUAGCCAAAGCAGUGGAUCAGCCCCUCGUCUCAAUCGCAUUCCCCGAGCCGGCCCCUGAGCCCCAGAGCCUCAAACGGAAGGCAAGUACCCUUGACGUGGUUGAGGACUCGGAGCCCAACACCACCUCCGGGCUUGAUGAAGCAUUCUGGGACAGUCUUGGCUGUACCGGCGAGUACUUCCAUGAGGCCCAGGUGGUGUACUCUCCCACCUUCACUGGCCCUGCUUAUCUCGCAGACGUGGACCAAGAGGGCGGCGAAGGACGUGAAGAUAAUGAAGUCGAAGAAUGGGAUCCGGAGGCUGGCGAAGAGAUGGAAGACAUCGAGGAAGGCGAGGGUGGUGGCGAGGAAGAGGCUGGGGCUGAGGAAGAGGCUGAGGAAGGUGAGGCCGAGGAGGAGGACGUGGAUAGCCAGAUGGCUGAGGUUGAUGCCGAAGGCAUCGACAACGAUGCCGCACCAGGCGAGGAGGAGGGUGAGGCCCCUGCCGAUCGCACCACCGCACAGAUGAAUGCUGCGGUUUCCGCCUCCUCCGAGCGUGUCAUCAAGCGCCGUCGGACAACCGCCCCAGCCAACACCGAUCAAAACGCACAAGAGUCUGGCAACUCGACCAAGCGUCGAGUUUGGGUGCUCUCUGACCUCCCCCCCGGUGCUCGUGACAAACAGCGCUGGGGGAACGAGUUCCUUCCCACCAUCGUCGACCACGUUGGCGGCAAGGACGCAGCCUGGAAUAUCCCCGAUGCCGAUCUCAUGGAUGCCAUCGUCAAGGCCUGGCGUGUGGUUUAUAGCAAGCCUCUCCCGCGGACGGAGACCAUCAACGGAGCAGUCUUUGGCUUGACAAAGAAGAAGUUGAACGAAUGGCGAAGUGCGUUCGGAUCCACCGCCAUCGCCGCCCUCGUUGCUGCCCUCGCCCAACAGGGCAAGUGGACCUAUGACCUCCAGAAGGACUUUGUGAAUGAGCAGCUUCAGGGAGAACAGUUCCUCAACGACAGCAAGACCAGCGAGGGCAAGCCCUGCGGUAUGUUGAAAGGGGAGUUUUUCCAGCUCGUUUUCGCCAGCCACCAGAUCGCCAUCCAAGGUCGUGCUCACGUACCGGACUUCAUCCCGACCAGGACCGACGUCCAGGGCAACCCACUCCACACCCCCUUUGCGGCAUCCGUUCUCUCUGCCGCCGCCUGCUACCGCGCCCUCAUGCUCAUCCGCGACGCCAGCUUUGGCGACAUCACCAAUGCUCUUGGCGCCAUUGACAAGGGCGUUACGAUGACCGUCUCCGGCGUUGUCAGAGCCAAGAAAGCCUUUGAUACCGUCAAGAAGAAGGAAAAGGCGGAGCUUGCCAAGAAGACGCACGAGGGGGAGGAGAAGGCGAAGGAUGGCGAUGGAGACGAUGUGGAGGAAGAACGUGACGAGGAGCCUGAAGAGCCUGAGGAAUCUGGUGAUGCCGAUUCGGAGGCAUCCUCUAUCCUUCCGUUCUCGAAGGAUCAUAACGAGGAAUCGACGUUCAACUACUCCUUCCUCAUCAACCGGUGCCCGAAUGAGCGGAUUGUCGAGGCGCUGGCGAUGGCGACCAAGUACACCGCGCCCCCCGCAGGCUCAAGAACUCGGCUGCCAUCAGUCAGUCCUCGCACUUCGAGCCUCAGCUUGACGAGCGCGCGUACCGUGAUAUCAUUCUUUAAUCUCUUUUUGCGCCGGUGUUGGCGUGCUCGGCUCUUCUUCGUUCUCGGGGCUUUAUAUCGGCUCGUGCUUUCUUUCUCGUUAUCAUCUCGCAAUCGAACGGCGUGUGCGCCUGUCUCCGUUACGCAUAUCACAACCUAA